AUGCUUCCACUGGCGCCGCUUUCGCUGGACCUUGGCGGGGUGCGUCCAGCCCUCGGGGCCCUCGGUCGCGGGAAUCUUCCGCGGGUCGAAGUUCGAAAGGACGCUUCGGUCCGUGGCAACAUUUUGACUGCGGCUCGCGUGGCGUGCCUGGCCUGCGUGGCUGUUGUGGGGUGCUGGCGGAGAGAACCUGGAAGAAGCACCAGACGAGCUCAGAUCAUCGAUGGAAAGAGCAUUGCUUCUCAAGUGCGGGAGGAGGUCAAGGAGCGUGUCCAUGCCUUCAAGCAGCAGCACGACGUAACGCCAUGCCUCGCGGUGGUCUUGGUGGGUCAGCGGCCGGACUCCCAGUCCUACGUCCGAGCCAAGGCCAAAGUGGCGAACGAGGUGGGCUGUCGCAUCGUCAACGUGGACUUCCCCGACAGCGUGUCCGAAGCGGAGCUGCUGCGCAAGAUCUCUGAGCUGAACGCGGAGCCUUCGGUGCACGGGAUCUUGGUGCAGUUGCCGCUUCCCGAAGGCAUCAAUGAACAGCGGGUCACGGAUGCCAUCGCGGUGCACAAAGAUGCAGAUGGCUUGACUGCACUGAAUCUGGGGCAGCUGUCGCGACCUACUGGGAUGCCCUUGGCAAUUCCGUGCACUCCAAAUGGAUGUAUGGAGUUAUUGAAGAGACAUGAUGUGGAUGUCUCUGGGAAGGAGUGUGUAAUUCUGGGCCGAUCGGCCAUUGUUGGGAUGCCCAUGGCACUGUUGAUGGUGCGUGCCAAUGCUAGCGUGAAAGUCUGCCACCGUUAUACCCGAGACUUGAGAAUGGCCUGUUCUCAAGCUGAUGUGUUGGUGGCAGCUGUGGGGCAGCCUGAGUUCGUCCAGGGCGACUGGAUAAAGGAUGGAGCUGUGGUCAUUGACGUUGGCAUCAACCGAGUGGAAGACAGCAGCCGCAAGCGCGGGUAUCGCCUCGCAGGAGACGUGCACUUUGAGAAAGCCAAGGAAAGGGCCUCGUUGAUCACGCCGGUGCCCGGAGGUGUGGGUCCCAUGACCGUGGCGAUGCUGCUGAAGAAUACCAUCACCUUGGCCGAAAGAAGCGUUGAGCGUGUGUUUGAGGAAGCUUCGGCCUGGGUGAACAAGAAUGGCGGAGAUUUGUCCACCUCAGCCCUUCUGGAGCUGUAUGCCUUCUACAAGCAAGCGACUUGCGGUGAUUGCGGCGGGAGCCAACCCAUGGGCUUCCAAGCUGCAGCCAAGUGGGAUGCCUGGAGCCAGCUUGCAGGAUGCCCUCCCGACUUGGCACGGGCAUCGUACGUGCAAGUCUUGGAGACUUAUGUGCCCAACUGGCAGUUCGGAGGACGUGUGGAAGAAAGACAGAGCCGAGGAAGUGGUGGAGGUGAUGUGUCCAUGGGUCCUGCGGUGAGCACCAUGGGCUGCAUUGGUGGUGGUGAUCCGGGCGAUGUCGAUGAGACUCCAGCGGGUCAGCUUUGCCAACAGAUUGCCGAAGGCGAUGUCGAGGGGGCAUGUGGCUUGCUGCGCGCAAGCCCGCAGCUGGCUGGUCAGGCCGACAAAGAUGGCAUGCUGCCGCUCCACUGGGCUUGCGACAGAGGAGAUCUGGACAUGGUGCAGUUCCUUUUGGAGCUUCCAGCUGCACUUGCCAUGAUCAACACGGCGGAUGCGGCCGGUGAUACGGCGUUGCACUACGCUGUGAUGUCUGAGAAUGAAUCUGUGGCGCAGCUGCUGGUGUCCAAAGGGGCAGAUGUGACUGCUACAAAUGAGGCCUUGGAUAUGGCUUAG